GCUUAGUAGUGGUGGUCUCAUUCAUAUCUGGGAACGCUCUACUCCUGCUGUGUGAGUGUAUGAUCAUGUUCUGCACAUGGGGGGCUCAGCACCUCGUCCUGUUCUUCCUCCUCUCCUGUGCUUUGCCGGCAGGACAGUGCCACUUGUACAAAAACCGCUAUGCAGGGGAUAAAGUAAUACGGGUUUUUCCAAAGACUGAAGAAGAAGCUUACGAGUUAAGGAAUAUGUAUCGGCAGCUUCAGGUGGACCUCUGGCAGCCCAGCAGUAUAAACCACAUAGAAAAAGACACAGUAACCGAUGUGCACACUUCUGGAAACAGCUCCCAUGUCCUACUAUCCUACUUGAUAAAAGAGAAAGUCCAGCACAGGAUCCUAGUAAAUAAUGUGCAAACGAUGCUCGAGGCACAACAGGUAUCCAGACCAAGAAGAAAGCGUAGGUCAUUGUCCAAAUAUAAUUACAAUGAAUAUCAUCCCUUGCAUGAGAUUGAGUCAUGGAUGUUUUAUAUGAACAAAACCCAUCCAGAUCUUGUUUCUCUAUUUUCCAUUGGAAAGUCUUACGAGGGCAGAUCUUUAUUUGUGCUUAAGUUGGGGAAACGUACAAAUUCUUAUAAGAAAGCUGUUUGGAUAGAUUGUGGUAUGCACGCACGGGAAUGGAUCGGACCAGCAUUUUGUCAGUGGUUUGUUAAAGAGGCAAUUAAUACAUACAACACUGACCCUGCUAUGAAAAAAAUCCUCAAUCUCCUUUACAUUUAUGUAAUGCCUGUGUUCAACGUGGAUGGAUAUCAUUUCAGCUGGAAUACUGAUCGCUUUUGGAGGAAAACUAGGUCUAAAAAUACAAGAUAUCAGUGCUAUGGGGUUGAUGCUAAUCGAAACUGGAAGGUGCACUGGAGCGAUGAAGGAGCUUCCUUGAACCCAUGUGACAACACCUACUGUGGCCCCUUCCCUGAGUCGGAGCCAGAGGUUAAGGCUGUUGCUCAGUUCCUUUACAAACAAAGAAAACAUGUUCGGGCUUAUAUGUCUUUCCAUGCUUAUGCCCAGAUGCUGCUUUAUCCUUACUCCUAUCAGUAUGGUGCUAUUCCAAAUUUUGGCUGUGUGGAAUCAGCUGCACAUAAUGCUGUUCUGGCGAUACGCUCUGCUUACGGCAUCAGGUAUAGACAUGGCCCAGCAUCCUCCACAUUAUAUCUGACCUCAGGCAGUUCCAUGGACUGGGCCUACAAUAAUGGCAUUCCAUAUUCGUAUGCCUUUGAGCUUCGUGACACUGGAUAUUAUGGAUUUCUAUUACCAGAGGGUCUCAUUAAACCAACCUGUGUUGAAACCAUGUUAGCGGUUAAAAAUAUCACAAUGCACGCUCUCAAGAAGUGUCGCUAAGGGACCAUGGAAAAUCACCUCAAAAUACUGAUUCCAUUUAUUUUCCUGUGAUUUGAACAGUCUCUGUGCACAGGUGUACCAAGCAUCACUGUAGAUUCUGUAUAGUUUGGAUGGGUAAAUUGCAUUAAAAAUCAACAGCGCCUCGUGA